AUGUGGAAAGUUCUGCAGAUAAUUUAACUAAUCAAACAGCUGGGGACAAUACUGACAAUGCACAAAUUUGGUCAUCAAGGGAAUCAUCUCCCAAAAUUUCUCGCGAACAGGACAAGGUACAAGGUUUGUUGCAAGAAUUGACUAUACCUACUAAAGGAGAACCUGAAGAAGAAAAUGAUAGUGAAGAGG